AUGGCUGCGGAGGCUGCGGCCGCGGCCGCGUCUCUGCAGGUGGCCGAGGUGGAGAGCAUGGAGACGGCCGCCGCCGGCUCGGCGGGGCUGGCUGCCGUGGUGGCCUUCAGGCCUGGGCCCGGGAUCUCUGCAAUGGAGGCGAGAGGGGGCGAUCUGGGCCCAGAGGCCGAGGACUUCGAGUGCAGCUCGCAGUGGUCGGAGCUGUCCCGGCGGCAGAACGAACAGCGGCGCCAGGGCCUCUUCUGCGACAUUACCCUGUGUUUCGGCGGUGCUGGAGGCCCCGAGUUCCGGGCCCACCGCUCGGUGCUGGCCGCCGCCACCGACUACUUCAUGCCGCUGCUCUCAGGCCCGUUUUGUGAGUCCCGCUCGGACCGGGUGGAGAUGCGAAAGUGGAGCUCGGAGCCGGGGCCCGAACCCGAGACGGUGGAGGCCGUUAUCCAAUACAUGUACACCGGGCGCAUCCGCAUCAGCACGGGCAGCGUGCACGAGGUGCUGGAGUUGGCCGACAGGUUUUUAUUAAUUCGUUUAAAAGAAUUUUGUGGCGAAUUUCUCAGGAAAAAACUUCAUCUCUCAAACUGUGUAGCCAUUCAUAGCUUAGCUCACAUGUACACCCUUAGGCAGCUUGCUCUGAAAGCUGCUGAUAUGAUACGGAGAAAUUUCCACAAAAUAAUUCAGGAUGAAGAAUUUUAUACUUUGCCUUUCUAUCUCAUUCGAGACUGGCUUUCAGACUUGGAAAUCACCGUCGAUUCCGAAGAGGUUCUCUUUGAAACAGUUUUGAAGUGGGUUCAGAGAAAUGCUGAAGAGAGAGAGAGAUACUUUGAAGAACUUUUUAAAUUGCUCAGGUUGUCCCAGAUGAAACCUACCUACCUUACUCAGCGUGUCAAACCAGAGAGGCUGGUAGCCAAUAAUGAAGUCUGUGUCAAGUUGGUGGCUGAUGCAGUGGAGAGGCAUGCCCUGAGAGCAGAGAGAAUACAAUUCUCCGCCUUCCAGGACCCUGCUUUUCUUAUCUCAUUAUUACCUCGUUUGGGGCAAAACAUGGACGUGAUCAUGGUUAUUGGGGGUGUGUCAGAAGAAGGGGACUAUUUGAGUGAAUGUGUGGGAUAUUUUGUUGAUGAAGACAGAUGGGUAAACCUGCCCCAUAUUCAUAAACACCUUGAUGGACAUGCUGUUGCAGUAACAGAAUCCUAUGUAUAUGUUGCUGGAUCGAUGGAACCAGGGUUUGCUAAAACUGUAGAAAGGUAUAACCCAAAUUUGAAUACGUGGGAACAUGUUCGUAGUCUGAUGACAAGAAAGCAUUCAUUUGGACUGACAGAAGUCAAAGGGAAGCUCUAUAGCAUUGGAGGACAUGGCAACUUCAGUCCUGGCUUUAAAGAUGUGAAUGUUUAUAAUCCUGAGCUUGAUAAAUGGCACAGCUUGGAAUCGGCUCCAAAGAUUCUUCGAGAUGUCAAAGCACUAGCCAUUGAAGACCGCUUUGUGUACAUUGCCGCCCGCACUCCUGUGGACCAGGACACUGAAGAUGGAUUAAAGGCUGUAAUUACUUGCUAUGAUACAGAGACUCGACAGUGGCAAGAUGUUGAGUCUUUGCCGCUUAUUGACAAUUACUGCUUUUUCCAAAUGUCGGUGGUCAAUUCAAACUUAUACCAGACAGCAUCGUGCUGUCCCAAGAGUUAUUCUUUAGAAAAUGAAGAGGCAGUAAGAAAAAUUGCGAGUCAAGUGUCUGAUGAGAUCCUUGAAAGCCUGCCUCCAGAAGUCCUUAGCAUCGAAGGAGCAGCCAUUUGCUAUUACAAAGAUGACAUCUUCAUUAUUGGAGGCUGGAAAAACAGUGAUGAUAUUGACAAACAGUAUCGGAAAGAAGCCUAUCGAUAUUGUGCUGAGAGAAAGAGGUGGAUGCUUCUUCCUCCCAUGCCACAGCCUCGAUGUAGAGCCACUGCUUGUCAUGUGAGGAUCCCAUACCGGUACUUGCAUGGCACACAGAGAUACCCUAUACCUCAAAACCUAAUGUGGCAGAAAGACCGCAUCAGACAGAUGCAAGAAAUACAUCGGCACACCAUAAACAUGCAGAGAGUCCCAGGCUUUCAGGUCGAAUGCUAG